GUGCUCUUGCAUGACUACCCCGAGUUCCUGGCCGACUAUCACCAUGCCUUCUGUGAUGUCAUCCCGUGGCAAUGUGUCCAGAUCCGCAACUUGAUAUUGGCCGCGUUCCCACAGAACAUGAAGCUGCCUGAUCCCUUCACGCAGAACCUGAAGGUGGAUACCCUGCCGGAGAUCAAGAUGGCGCCGGUGAUCCACUCCACCUACAUGUCCAAGAUGAUGAUCUCGGGCUUGAAGGCGGAUGUUGACCAGUACAUCCGCACGAAGGACAAGACACACUUGAAGACCAUCCUCCAGAAGCUCCUCCUUGAGGAUCAGAAGCUCGCGAUCGACAUGGGAACGAAGUACAACGUUUCUUUGAUGAACGCGCUGACCCUCUACACUGGUGCGAACUGCAACCUCUUCCAGUCAGCCAAUUCGCAGACGGCCAGAGCCCAGACGCAGGCCUUCCCGCCGUCAACCCCAAGUCUAGAGAUUUUCUCCUACCUGCUGGAGAACUUUGAUUCGGAGGGGCGCUUCCUGCUGUUCACCACCAUCGCCAACCACUUGCGGUUCCCCAAUCAGCACACGCACUGCUUCAGCUGCAUCGUGCUCUGGCUUUUCCACGACACGACCAUACCUGAGGUGCGGGAACAGAUCACUCGUGUGCUCCUCGAGCGGCUCAUCGUGCACCGGCCGCACCCAUGGGGGUUGCUAAUCACUUUCAUCGAGCUUAUCAAGAAUCGGCGGUACAACUUCUGGAGCCUCGGUGGGGCGAUCGUAGCAGGCUGCGGCAGCAUCUUCUUCCUGGCGGUCAGUUAUCUUUCCUUCAAUGCGCGAAAGCCUGGGAACAGCAUCGAAGCCUCCGAAAACGUGCCCGACAACGAAACGUUCUGCUUCUGGAUAGUCGGGGCCGGAAGAAUCCGAAAGCCGAUCAUCCUCAUCAAAGAAGUGGUGCGCAAAUUCUAUGACAUGGAAUCACACUCAGAUGAUGAGGACUUGACCAUGGAAGCCAAGUUGCGAAAAGAACGAAACAUCAACAAGUCCGCGGAAAUCAUCAAGAGUAUGCUGACCAUGAUCAAAAGAAAGUGGGCCAAAUGGGAGCUACCACGUGUGCCACGGAUGAGGAUAUUCGCGGGAUGGUUCUCGAUUUGGCUGAGGCUGUCUCGAAAGCGUAUUCCGUCACCCAAGCAGUGUGGGUCUGGUGAGGUGGACACCACAGCUACAGCUGAUAGUGACGAGAUGGCUGGAGAUGAUGAAAGUUUCCGGGCAAGAUUGCGUAGCAUAUCUUCGGAAUCUUUGUCGACGCCCUCACCUAAUGAGGCCUGCUUCAAAGCUCCACCCCAGGAGCAGUUGGAAAAACUGCUGGGGAUCAGCCUGAACCCAGAGUCUUAUGCUUGGCUGCGUCAGAUUGGGAAGCCUUCGGGGCCGGAGCUGGUGGCAGCUCCUGAGAAGCCUUCGGGGCCGGAGCCGGUGCCAGCUCCUCCUUCGGAGCUGGUGGCAGCUCCAGUGGAGGCACCUGAUGCCGAGAUGGCGCUCCCAGUGGAGCCAGGCAUUCACAGCCAGAUUCUGGCUGAGGCGGAUGUUGCGCUUGAGCAUGCUGAAGCUGGACAAUUGAAUGAGGCCAGUCCCAAAGGAAUAGAGAUGGGGGCGCAUGUGAUGCGCAAGCUGAACUUCGAGGCUUAUGUGAACACUUGGCUCCAAGCACAACGAGCGGAGGAUGCUGCUAAGGUUGAGCAAGCGCUUGCUCGCGAGCAGGCGUUGAAUGCCCGGGCCCAGCAUGAAGCUGAGGCAAAAGGCCUUGCCGGUGCCCUUGAAAAGUGUGAGAUGCUUGGGAAGCCUGCUGCCAAGGUCAUCACUCGGCAGAAUCAGCUUGCCCUCAGUGCCGGCAAGAAAGGCAAGGAGGUUGAGAAGCCCGCUGCGGAACCCGAGAAGAAGCCCGCGAAUCCCGAUGAGGAGCCCAAUGCCAAGGCCAAGGCCAAGGCCAAGGCCAAGGCCAAGGCCAAGGCCAAGGCCAAGGCCAAGGCCAAGGCCAAGGCCACAGGCAAGGCCAAGGCCAAACCUGCUGCAAAGUCCAAGAGUGCUGCGAAGGCAAAGGGCAAGUGCAAGGCAUCGGAUGAUAUCGCGGACAACGAGGAGCCUACUGACGAUUGGGAUUGGACGGAAGACACUGAGGCCAAGGAGUCUCCUCGGGCGGCCAAGAAGAAGAUCAAGCGCAAGCUCAGCAGAUCAGUGUCCAAGGGAAGCUUCAAGAAGCUGAGGAAGAUGAAGAAGAUGAAAACCGCCCGGGCCGAGGAUUUCGAAGAGGACGCCACCGCGUACUACGGCGAGGGCUUCAUCGCUGGUGCGGUGGAUAGAGCAGCGCCGCCACGAACGUCCAAAGUCAAGCGCAAGUCCAAGGCGGCCGAAGAUCCGGAUGAAGAGCCGGCCGAAGAGGCCGAAGAGCCGGCCGAAGAGCCGGCCGAAGAGCCGGCCGAGGAAGAUGAGGAGGAAAUGGCGACAUUUGCCCGUCGCUACUGUCCCAAGCGUGCCUACUACCGGGCCAAGUUCUUUGCGUGUCGGGACACGUACAAUGACCGGAUGCGUGUCUUCCUCAUCAACCAUUCCAAGAUGGAGGAUGUCUGGUGGAGGUUCGUGGCUCAGACAAUGGAAGAGGCCCCGGAGGACGAACAUGGUUGGAGUGAGCCAGUGCACAAGAUGGCCUAUGAUUUCUUGGCGGAUGACGAUUUCAGCAAGUCGUGGUCUGACGAAGGAGAAAAAUUUUUCAAUGGCGCAAAGCGCCCCACCCGUAAGCAGUAUGAGGCAAAGCUUCAGAAACUUUCGACUCACUGA